AUGGCUCCGAUAUAUACCAGACCUACCAUCAUCUACCCAUCACUGGCUGUUCUGGUCCUGGCAGUUCUAUUUCCUAGGCUGCACAUCCUACAGACACUAUUAUACACCCCUAUAUACAUCUCUUCGGCCAUCUUCUUUGCUAUCACUUAUACCAUUUAUCGAACCAUCAAAUUAGAUAAUCGGUCUUCGUCGCAUUCAUCUGCAGCAAGGAUCAGACAUGCUAUUCGGCCACUCAAAUUCACUACACCUGCAGCUUGGUCGGCAGUGUUAACCCGUCAAUCAUGGGAGGAACAUCCAUCACCUUUCACUGCCAUCCACAAGAAUGUUUCGGCUGAGGUGACGAGCCGCUUGGACAGUUUCCUCGGUUUGAUCAAGGUGCAUUUCAUCUUACCAUGGUAUACUCGAAUAUCACCUUCACCCGCUUUUCCACAUGCUGUUGAGGAACUCAUUCGACAUAUCCUGUCGGAUGUCACUGGAAGAGCGGAGAAUGUGGAUUGGCCUGAUACCAUGGUAUUGAAAGUUUUGCCUAUAGUUUCGGAUCAUUUUCAGCACUAUAGAUCGAUCGAACAUCUUUCUUCUUCUUCUUCAGCACCUUCGCCAAAUCCAGCAUUACCUCUACCUUUACCUCGUAAAUCCCAUCCAGCACUCUCAUCGCACCCUCAUACAUCUUCUGGCAUCUCACCAUCCAUCGAAGCGCACUUGCGAGAUACUCUGGCCACCAUAUUAGCAAGAUCGUUACCUGAAAAAGAUAGAUCAGAGGUAGUCUUAACUAUUGUUCGAGAGAUCGUCCUAGGAGCAGUCGUUCUUCCUGUAUUCGACAUGCUAUGUGAUCCGGAUUUCUGGAAUAGACAAAUAGAUGAUAGAGGAGGAAGGUACCUACAAGAACAAAAACAGGUCGAUAAGUUCUUAUCGGCACUUUCAGCUCUUCCAGCUUCGACCGCUUCAACGUCAAACACACCUUUACCAUCUUCCAAAUCUCGCAGAAAGCACAAAACGCCUGUCACACCUUCAUCAACGUCCAUCUCAUCCGAGUCAUCGUCAAAGCAAUUUGAUACCUUUUUAAGAUCGAUUGGAAAGCUCAAGACACUUGCAGACGCUAGGAGAUUACGGUCGGACGUAGAAAGAGAGCUGAGAAGUGCGAAACUUGCUUUAGCGGAUGAGUUGAGACAGGGUCAGAAUAGUAAAGAGGGUGAUAGGAAGUUGAAGAAAGCGGAGAAGUACGUGCAGAGACUUGAGAGGGCGAAAAUCGAUAUUGAUAGAAAGAUAGAGGUGUUAUCCGGUCAGCCAGCAAAGCCUCGCCAUUCCCUCGAUAGAUCCCCCAUGAGCUCGAUGAUUCUUGAGGCAGCUUCGACCGAAUCUGUCAACCUAUAUUCUAUCUUAUCGGAUCCAUCAUCUCUGGCGUAUUGGCUUGAACAUAUGGAACGUCGUGGACGAUCACGCCUGGUGCAGUAUUGGCUCACAGUCGAAGGCUUCAAAGAUCCUCUUGAAGCUGCUGGGUUGGAUUCUGCACUGGACAGUACCUCCCAAUCGAACAACAAAAUACCUAUGUCUAAUGGUAAUCAAACGGUAGGCGAGGAUGUAGCUUUCUUGUACGAGAUGUACUUUGCUGCGGGGCAAACGGGCAUUAGUAUACCUUUGAGGCAUCGUCAAGUCAUCGAAGAGACUGCUCAAUCAGGCUCGACCACGCUCUCUGCUGGGGAAGCUCAGAGAGUGAAACAUGCUGUUUUUGCUUCACAGAAAGAAAUAUACGAACAGAUGGCCGAAGAAGAUUGGCCCGUCUUCAAGAAGAGUGAGCUGUAUAUCAAAGCUCUUACCGAUCUCAAACGUGCAGGCGUAUCUUUGGCCCCACCGACUGUCGAAGCUCCACCUCCUCGAAUGGCAUCUCCUAUACUGGAUUCUUCACCACUUCCACGUACACCUGUCGUGCGGCCACCUGCUACGCCAGCUGAAUCAUCGCGAUCGCUUCUUGACAUCCUAUCCCCCUCGGCACGACCACGCCCAACCAAUAAAAGAGGAUCGUUCUCACCUGCCAUACCACCUACUCCUACUGCUUCUGUAUCCAUCACAUCCCCCUUCUUCGAGCGAUCGAUGUCGCAUGAAAAACAGCUACCUUUAUCGAAGGAUAUACGAAAGGUCAGUCCUGGGAAUGCCGAUAGUAAGUUCAGCUCUCAGGAAUCCAGCAUACCUUCGACCCCUCCUCCGCCUAUCAGACGAUCGAGUCAUCUUGAUUUCCUUAUAUCGGGAGGGGAAUCAAAGGAGAAUACUGUGGAAGAUCGUGGCAGACUCUUCGGCGAUGAUGACGAUGUGAAUGAAGACGAUGAGCAUUAUGUGGAAGCUCAGCGGAUCGAAGCCAUCCAAGCGGCUCUCAAUGAAAUUAUCGCUUCGGACGACAUGGCUACUUCCAAAGUCGUCGACAUCACCGACGAUGGCCUUUUCAGCCCUCAACCUAAGUCACCCUCAGCCUCGCUGAUCUUGUUCGACAAAACUCCGAAGAUCGAAGAGAAAGUGUCAAAGCUUACAUCACGAAGUGCUGAAAACCUCAAGUCCACACAAAAAGGGAAAGCUGGGGUCAUUUCGUCUGCACCGCAAAGUCGAUUACCUUCAGUCGCAUUGCCGGAUCUCAAACCGAUCACUCGAAGACGAAGUAUCCCUAGACUUUCUGACUCACCUGAAAAGGCAAAUAAACACUUAUUCGACGAUCAGUUCAUAGAUCAAGAUCGAAUAUCGAUAGACGAGGAAGAAGUAGAUAAUAAUGUUAACGAAGUGAUCCAACUUGCUGCACCUGGGGAUUUGCAAUUGUCGGUGGAGAUCUCGAGAUUGCAAGAUAAGAUACAGGAGCUGGUUCAGCAGGAUCACUUGCUGGAUACAUUAAUCAGACAAGCAGAAUUGACAGGCAACCAGGUCGAAUUACGGAUCUUGAGAAGAUCUCAGUCUUCCGUAAGGCGAGAACAACGAACGGCGAUUUUUCAGAAAGCUCAAUUCGAGCAACAAGAAGAGGAAAAUCGCUUGAUACCUUCUCGAACCAGGGUGUCAAUUCCUUCGUCAGUGAUCACCUCUGAAGAUGGAGAGAGUGGGAAACAGGUAGUCAGAUAUACGAUCGAAGUGAGUCAGGUGGAUGAAGAUGGGAAAAUCAGACUUGGUUGGGUCGUCGCAAGGAGAUAUAACGAAUUUUACGAGUUGGAUAAAGCUCUGAAGGAUUGGGCGAUGGAAAGAAACGAUCUGACCGAUGAGCUGAAAAGCAGAAUGGUCGAAAUGCCAGGUAAGAGAUUGGUACCGAAUCUGUCGGCGAGUUUUGUCGAAUCGCGAAGAAUGGGAUUGGAAAAAUAUCUUCAGUCACUUUUGACUUCAACAAUCAUAUGUGAUAGUCCUCUACUUCGCUCUUUCCUCUCUCGUUCCCACGUGCCUCUCAAAGCAGGAUCCACCUCUGAUCCGAUGUCAUCAUCUACCGCAUCAUUGGUAAGUCUCGCACCGCACAAUAUCGUCAAAACUCUAUACAAAACUAUGGCUACCUCUUUGGACGAUGCUCUACUGGGUCCAAGUAUGUUAGAUAUGAUGUACACUACACUUUCUAGACAAUUGGUAGACUUUGGUGGACUCGUAGGACUAGGUGGUGAAGAUUUAGUUGGACUGUUGCCUUCUGCGUUAAAAGGUGGACAGUAUACCCCGCAAUGGAUGAAGAAUGAUGCAGUGGGGACAGGAUCGACGGAAGGUAGGAUAGGUCCAAUGGGAGGUGAAUCUGGUAUGACGAGUUUUACGGGUCCGAUAUGCGAUUUGUUCAUUGAGGUUUUUGAUCUGAAAGAAAAUAAUUGGUUGAGGAGACAGGCCAUCGUUGUUAUUUUACAGCAGUUUCUGGGAAGUACAAUAGAAAGGAAAGUUAGAGAUUCGUUCCGAGCGGCAACAUCAUCCGAAUCAAUAGAACGAAUCGUACUCAACCUUCAGGAGACGUUGUUCCCAGGAGGUGAAAGGCGAUCACCAAGUAUCGAGAGGACAGAACAGGAAAAAUUGGAAACUAAGAUCAGGGCAAGUAAAAAACUUGGAUUACUCAUUCCUGAUGUCGCUGCGAAUAUGAUUGGAAGAAGUAACGCGAGAAGAGCUGCUCGGAGAGUGUUUGGAGCCCUGCAGGAUACGAGAUUGAAUCAACAUCUGAUUUUGUCAAUCAUGGAUGAGAUUCUAAAUGCUAUGUUCCCCCCUCGAUAA